GACUCCACCUGUGGACAGGCAAGACAACAGCUCAGUUCAGACUCACUGCUGCGCAAAACAAGAGAAGACAUGGUGUCAAUCAAAGCUACGGCGAUAGUGAUCACAUUCCUUUCUAUAUGUCUGCUGGCAAGAGAAACAUCUGCAGUUUAUCACGAAUGCUGUCGAAGAUACAUGACAGUCAAAAUACCAUUUCCUGCAAUCAGGGGGUACUCAGUUCAAACUGACAGAGAACUGUGCCCCAUCAAUGCCAUCAUUUUCCACACAAAGAAGGGUAAAGCAUGCACCAAUCCUGCUUUGAACUGGGUGAUGGACUAUGUCAACCGUCUAAGGAAUAAAGCGCAAAUAGUUCACAUCAAGACUUCAAAAGAGCAGAAAUAGACGAAGAGAUGCAGAAAUUCUUCUGCAUCUGAAAGAGAGACGGCAGAUCCAAGCUACAGCUAACAAACUGUUUUCUAUCUCAGCUUUGCCUGUUAUCUAGUAAGCAAUGAUGUUUCACAACUUUGUAAAUCAGUGAACUCCUGUUCAACAAAACUGCUGAUAAAAUGUUUGUUUUUGUAAAUGCUGUUAAGCAUGGUAUCAGCUCAAUUAUAAGAGCACUGUACUGUAUUAUUUUUAUAUUGGUGUUUGUAUGAUUUUGUGCUUGUACAUUUUGUAACAUAAAAACAUUAAAGUUUUGUUUAAAAAAAAAA